AUGUCGCGCCUCCGCGCGGCGACGCGGACGAUCGACGCCGGGUCCGGAAGUUCCGCGUUCAACCCGUUCGCCGCGGUCGCGCGUCUCCUCGCGAGGCUCGCGCGCGCCGUCUUCGAGACGCUCGUGACGCUCGUUCUGCGGCGGAUCCUCGGCGAGCGCGAGACGUUCGACUGCCCGCUCGUGACGGUGUCGGACGUCAUCGACGCGCACGGGUUGAGCGACGUCGGGUUGCUGAAAGUCGACGUGGAACGCGCGGAGUUGGACGUGUUGCGGGGCGUGAGAGAGGAGCACUGGCCGUUGGUGAGGCAAGUGGCGAUGGAGGUGCACGACGGCGGCGGGGAGGGGGUCGCGUCGACGUCGUCGGCGUCGUUGGCGUCGUCGGCGGCGGGUGCGUCGGCCUCGUCGGCGUCGAAGAAAACGCAAACGGGGAAAAGACGAACCACCGUCGCGGACGCCGCGGCGCCGUCCACGGCUGGGCGGCUCGAGGAGGUCACGUCGCUGCUCGUGAACGCGGGCGGGUUCGACCCGCGGAGGAUCUUCGUCGAGCAACACGCGGGGUUGGAGGGGAGCACGCUGUGGAACGUCUACGCGACGCGGGCGGAGGGAUACGACGUCGCGUCGUCCUACGACGGCGCGUGA